AUGGCGGGCCCCGUGGACACCUGGGGCUCAUUGGACGAUAGGAACACGGUAUUGAUAGCCCAUAUUAAUAGUACGCCGGUGACCGUCGGAGGAGGUCGAAGCCGUAGGCACUGGUGUGAUUCUGUUGACUACCGUAAGGUGGCGAGCUUCGUGCUGUUCGCGCUUUACAUGGUGACCAACGUGGGUUUCGGCGUCAAGGGUUGGAUUUUCGUAGCCAUGUCUCUCGCCUCGGUCUUCUCCGUCAACACUGAUUUCUACCUGCACGUGCCCGCCACGAUGCCGCUCAGGGACCUGGGGAUUACGCAGACACCAGAGCACGGUCUCCACUCCAAGUGGCGGCCUGUGGGUGACAUCCUGACCGCCGGUGUGCCUGUCAUGCUCCUAUUGCAGACCUUUUUUUAUGAAACGCCCCAACCCUCCGACUACUUUCCUCCUAUCACGUGGAUAGAUACUGUCCAUCGCGUCGGCUCCAUUUACGGCAACUACUACUCUUGUGGUGACCAUAUCUUUUUGGGACACAUAGCGAAUACAAACUCCGCCGUACUGCUGUAUCUACGGACUCUGGCUCGCAAUUUCGCUGGCCGCACCGCCUCGAAGAUUCGUCGGGUGUGUAGAAUGACGUGCCUUAUGAGCUUUGGCGCGCUGUGCAUCGCUGGCCACAAGCGCCACACGGUGGACGUGGUGCUGGGAUUGAUCAUCUCGACUCUGGUGUUUUUCCACUUCGAACACAGUUGGACACCGCUGUGCUUCCAGGUGCCUAAUGAACUUCUACCAGUGGGCGAGCUGCAACGAAUCUAUGGCUCACAGUUCUGGAAGCGUUUCAGUAUGGACGUGCAGCUCAUCUGCUAG